AUGACGCUAGCUAGUGAUAAUAAGUAUAAUAACGAACGAGAGAUAAUCCUUUUGGGGUUUUUAAAUGUUGAUAAUGUAUAUGGAGAAAAUUGGGUUAGUAAAAAAAAUGAAAUAAAAAAAGACAUAGAAUAUAAAGUAGUAAAAUUAAAUCAGGCUUUUAAAGACCCAUCAAUAUUUCAAGAAAAAUUUGAAUUCCUUUCUACUGAUGAUUAUAAUUAUGUAAAAAAUAAUUAUAUAUAUAGUGCAAUACUUAUAUUUAAUCCACAUUUAAACGAUACAACCACCAAUAAUGAUAAACAAAGUAAUAUAUUUACUAACCAAAAGUCUGGUAGUAAUUGCCGAGUUACAGCAAAUGAUUGCUUGAACGGUUCAAACAAAUUAAAUACCGGAAUAAAUAACGAAGAAAAUGUCAAAGAAAACAAUGAGGUGAAGGAAAAAGAAACCAACUGUAAUUCAGAAAAAAAAAAAGAAGGUAUAGGAGUUUUAGUUGUAACAUGCAAAAAAAUGGAUAAACCCAAAAUGAAACAUAUUCUAAUUAAAAUGUUAAAAAAAGAAAUAAAAGUAGAAUCCACUGUUUUAAAAUAUAACGGAAAUAGUAAUCUCACAAACAACACAAAUAUACAAACCACCUUAAACAGUAAUGAAUAUAAUAUAAACAAAAAUAAUUACACAGACAGAGCUUAUAUCUCUCCAACAAUAAAUAUUAAUAAACCUUUUGACGUUAAACGAAAUAACUUUUUCAACAUGACUGCAUAUAUAUAUGGUUCGUCAGCAAUUUUAGAAAAUACGAAUCUCAUUCAAAGGGAAUAUGGGGAUGAUGAAUGGGCCAACAAGUUGAGAAAAACAAAAAGAGAAAGAAAGGAAAUAAACAAAACAACAAAUGAUAGUAAUAUUGAAAUGUUUAAGGAAAAUCGAAUAAUCAAAACUUUCACAUCCUUAUUUAAGAAGUAA